AUGGACAAGACUAAAAAGGACAAGAAGACAAGAAGAAAGAGACUCGCCACUUCGACAGCAAGCCUCCUUGCCCUUCUCCAUACUCCUUUCUCCAUCUCUCCAUCCCUCCAUCUCUCCAUCUCCAUCUCCAUCUCCAUUCCCAUCAAAUCUCCAUCCUCCAUCGCUCCAGUAAUCUCUCUGCUCUCCCUUCUCGCCUCAUUAUUCAUUCUCUUGCUCUUGCUCUUCAUCUCCAUCUCCAUCUCCAUCUCCAUCUCCAUCUCUCUCCGUCGAUGUUGA